CUCAAAGCGGAAAUCGCCUGUCUUUGGUCUUCCGGUCUUGCCAAACAGUAUGGCGAACCUCGAGCAUGCUGAGGACAACCCAAAACAUGUGAAAAUGUCUGGUGACGUCUCCGCCGACAGUGCUGCAGUGCAGCCGGCCGAAGUGUCCUCUGCACCGGACAGAUACGCGGGCGCGGUCCCGUGCUCUAUCCCGUCGUUCGCAGCCGCCUCCGGGCUGCUGUCAGCUCCGUACUCGUGUCUGGUCAUGAACACGCACCGGAGACACAUCGGCCUGCCGCCCGUGUACCUGAAUAAGAAGAGGACAGGCAUCCAGGAGGAGCUGGAAGCCGAGCUGCUCAAGUUCUCCGAGAGUCUAAAGGGAGUUCCCUUGGCUUAUGACAACAUCAGGAUUGUGGGCCAGCACGGAGACAUCUACGACGACAGCGGCUACAUCCACAUGAACAUAGAGGCCAACUUUGUUGUCUUUCAGCCCGAAAAAGGACAGAAACUGCUGGGAAAGGUGAAUAAACUAGGACCAAGCCAUGUGGGCUGCCUGGUGCACGGCUGCUUCAACGCCAGCAUCCCCAAACCCAACCUGGUUCCUAUGGAAACCUGGCGGGACGCAGGGCCCAGAAUUGGAGCAGAGAUCGUGUUUGAGGUGACUGCGCUUGACGCUGACGCUGUGGGAGUUCUGCUGAUCAGAGGACGACUGGACAGGACCAGG